CACCCACACACAUUAUUUGUCAAUUAAGACAAGGAAGGACACUUCCUACCUCUUUCCUCAUCCUUGUGCUCGACCAACCCCUCCAAGAAGAAGAAAAUUGAACUCUCAAAACACUCUCCAUUGCUGCAACUCGAGCUCAAGCCAUAGAGGUCCAAGGAGGAAGAUUUGAGAAGGAAAAAUCUAGGAAAAGUGUGAAUAAUAAAGGAACUUGUAAAGGGUAUUUCAAGUGGUUUCACAAAGUUGGAAAAGUCGCCGGAGUUGUCGCCGGAGUUGACCAAAAGUCACCGGAGUUUCACCGGAGUUCAACCAAGAGGGGUAGAACUUCAUACGCUAGUUCAAGGUUGAAGCUAGGGCUUGCUACUUGCACCUUCUCACGGGUGAUAUCAAAUCAGGAAGACGUGAAAUGGAGGGCAGGCGAAUGAGGACCAGGAACAAUCCGAGGGGGCAAGCGCCGGUAACAUCCCAAAGGGGAAGCCGGGCUGCAUCUCGGGGUUCGAGAGGAGGCCGGGGAGGCCGUGGAAGCCGUGGGGGUCAUCAAGCUCAAACUGUGAGUGAUGGCCAUGUGAGCUCGGUGUAUGAGACCAACACCGAAGACUACGACUCAACCUACGUGCCAGAGACGGAGCAUGAAGAGACCCCGUAUGAUGGGGGUGACACGUACACCGAUGAUGACGAUGAAGAGAGUGAUGCCAAGUUCGCCCAAAUGGGCGAAUUGCUUGAAUGAUAUCAAAAAGAAAAAUUGAGGAGGGACCUUAGGCGCCAAGCGAGGCGUGGCUCUCGCGGUGGUUCGGGUCAAGGGAGCCGGGGAGCUUCCGUGCCCACCCCAGCGGCGUCACAAGGUGGACGUGAAGGAGGUUUUGUCGUGAGAAUCUCCAAGUACCUCAAGGAGGCUAGGGCCUUGGGGUGUAGGUCCUUUGACGGCACCGGUGACAUUACCGUUGCCGCCGAUUGGAUCAAGAAGGUGAAGGAUGCAUCAAGGGACAUGCAAAUCACACCGGACGUGAAGUUGACUGUCGCUUCACGGCUCCUUGAAGGGAUAGCUUCUACGUGGUGGGAGAGCGUGGAAGGGAAGUACCAUGGGGAAAUAACAUGGGCGGACUUUGAGCUAGAGUUCUAUGCUCAAUACUACUCCGAGUACGAGGUGAAUGUGAAACGGAGAGAGUACACUAACCUCAAACAGAAAGAGGGCGGCACAGUUAAGCAACUGGAACAAGAGUUUAGAACCUUGGCUAGGUUCUUGCCGGAGUACGCGGUUGAUGAGAACCGCAUGACGGAGCACUUUUGGGAUGCCCUACUCUUGGACAUCCGUGACCGAGCUACGUACUCGCGCCACAUGACCUUCAGCGAGGUGGUGGAGCAGGGCCUUCUCGGGGAGGCCCAAUGGAACGAGAGAAAAGAGAGAGACGCCGAGGAGGCGAAAAAGAGGAAAUGGCAAAGUUCGGGGCCGCCCGAGCAAGCACGGAAGGAUAAGCACGGUGGAGGUGGCGGUUCGUUCAAGACACCGGCACCACCGGCAAAGAAGAACAGGGAUGCUCGGUGGCAUGCAUCCUCCUCACAAAGGACGGGGCCUCCAAAGUGUGCCAAUUGUUCGAAAAAUCAUUUUGGGAAGUGCAAUGCACCCCCAAGGUGUUAUCAAUGCGGGAACACGGGCCACAUGAAGGCAAAUUGCCCACAAUUAGGGGGAGGAGGAGCUUCGGGAUCCGGAGGAGGAACCAUGACGGGAAGAAACCGUGCGGGACCGUCAAACGGCGGUACGGGAAGAGGCGGCGCGUCCACAAGCCAUGCCGCGUCCGUAAAUCAAGGCGGGACCCAAGCACGAGUGUACGCAAUGACCGAGGCGGAUGCGCGAGCAAACCCGGACUCCGUUGCAGGUAAUACACUUAUUUUCCUAUAUUUCUAGGCUUAUUUGGGUCGUAUGAGUCAUUGGGUUUGGGUGCGGGCCACCCCGGGGUCAAACCCCGCGAAUUCGGGGCGAAACGGGCUAAAAACAACUACGCGCGAUCGCGCGUACCUACAGACGCACGACCGUGCGUGCGAGGCAGUAGCCUCUGGCCGUUUUCCGCGCAGACGCACGCCGUGCGUGCAGGUCAGGCACGCCGUGCCUGGGACGCACGAUCGUGCGUGACCAGCUACGCACGAUCGUGCGUAGCCGGCAGUGGCGGAUCUCUGAUUUUCAAGCACGCACGACCGUGCGUGCCACCCAGGCACGCCGUGCGUGGACCCCCCAACACCCGAAACUUGAUUUUUUCGCCCCGUUCUUCUACGUUUGGAUCCCCGUUUGAUUCCAAACAUUAGUAUGAACCUAAUAACCUCCUAAAGAUGUGUAAAAACAUUAGAAAAGGUAUCUUACAUGGUGUAUAAAUGUAGGAACAUUAAAGAUCAAUGGUAGGUGUGCGAGGAUCCUCAUCGAUACCGGGGGCACAACGCUCAUUUGUGAGUGAGGCGUUUGCCGAGGGGCUCGACGUGCCAUUGACGCCUAUGACACAAACAUUGCUAGUCUCCACACCGUUGGGAGACGACGUGGAGAGAAAUCAUUACUAUCCAUCAUGUGAGGUAGAAGUGACGGGUCAACCCUUGACUUGUGAUUUCGUACCUCUAAGCAUGUUGGAGUUCGAUGCAAUCCUAGGAAUGGAUUGGCUUGAGAAGCACCAUGCUCGAGUUGAUUGCUACACCAAGGUGUUGGAGCUCGAGGAUGAUCUAGGAAACACGUUAUGUUUCGAAGGAGAUCGGGGGAAAUCUAGUGCUUGUAUCAUAUCCGUGAUGAGAGCACGGAAGAUGAUGAGGAAGGGAUGCCACGCGUACCUUGCCUACGUGGUGGACGAUACCAAGAAGGAAGUCGACAUCAAAGAUGUACGGGUCGUGUGCAGGUACCCGGAUGUCUUUCCCAAAGACCUACCGGGGCUUCCACCCGAUAGAGAGAUAGAGUUUGUAAUUGAAGUGGAGCCGGGAACCAAACCCAUUUCGAUUCCUCCUUAUCGAAUGGCACCGGCCGAACUCCAAGAGUUGAAGGUCCAACUACAAGAAUUAUUGGACAACGGGUUCAUCAGACCCAGUCAUUCACCGUGGGGAGCACCCGUACUCUUCGUAAAGAAGAAUGAUGGUACGCUAAGAAUGUGUGUUGACUACUGACAGUUGAACAAGGUCACAAUCAAGAACAGGUAUCCUUUACCUAGGAUUGAUGACUUGUUUGAUCAACUUCGAAGGGCCAUAGUAUUCUCGAAGAUUGACUUGAGGUCGGGGUAUCAUCAGUUGAAGAUCAAGGAGAGUGACAUACCUAAGAGUGCAUUUCGCACUAGAUAUGGUCACUACGAGUUUCUUGUGAUGUCAUUUGGUUUAACCAAUGCACCGGCAGCAUUCAUGGACUUGAUGAACCGGGUGUUUAGUGAAUACUUAGAUCAAUUUGUGAUAGUAUUCAUUGAUGAUAUCUUAAUAUACUCCAAGAGCGAGGAGGAGCAUGAACAUCAUUUGGGGCUUAUACUUGAUCGGCUAAGGGAAAAGCAACUCUUUGCCAAGUUCUCUAAAUGCGAAUUUUGGCUCAAGGAGAUUGGUUUCCUCGGUCAUGUCAUAUCCGGUUCGGGCGUUGCUGUGGAUAACGCCAAGAUAAAAGCUAUCAUGGAUUGGGAGAGACCCAAGAAUGUGAAAGAGAUACGUAGUUUCCUUGGCUUAGCGGGAUACUAUCGUAAAUUUGUUGAAAAAUUUUCUGUAUUGGCGUCUCCAUUAACGAAGCUCACAAAGAAAGGGGCCAAGUUCAUAUGGGACGACAAGUGUGAGAAAGGAUUCCUUGAACUGAAGAAACGACUAACCGAAGCACCAGUCCUUGCCCUACCCAUACAAGGGAUAGGGUAUGAUAUAUACAGUGAUGCUAGCAUCCAAGGGCUUGGAUGUGUACUGAUGCAAAACGGUAAAGUGAUUGCCUAUGCGUCAAGGCAAUUGAGAAAACACGAGGUGAACUACCCUACCCAUGACCUAGAAUUGGGGGCGGUAGUGUUUGCACUGAAAAUCUGGAGGCAUUAUCUCUACGGGGAGACGUGUCACAUUUAUACUGAUCAUAAGAGCCUGAAGUAUGUAUUCACUCAGAAAGAGUUGAAUAUGAGGCAGAGGAGAUGGAUGGAGUUGAUCAAGGACUAUGACUUGAUCAUCGACUAUCCUCCCGGAAAGGCCAAUGUAGUGGCCGACGCACUGAGCAGGAAGAGUACGUCGGGGACGCUACUCACAUGUCUACAGGCAUUGAGGGCGCGCGUGGAGGUGUCCACGUGCGGGGCUCUCAUUGCUCGAUUCGAGGUUAGGCCCACCCUAUUGGGCGAGAUUAGUCGAAGUCAGGCCAUUGACGAGGAAUGUCAGAAGAUCCGUGAAAGGAUCCUUGAAGGACCCGUUGAGAACUUCCGAGUACGCGAUGACGGUCUAUUAUUGUUUAAGGAUCGUGUAUGCAUACCAAAGAAUGAGGAACUCCAGAAGUCUAUACUUGAGGAGGCUCAUUCCUCAGCUUAUGCUAUGCAUCCAGGAGGUACUAAGAUGUACCGAGAUCUGAAGGAAAGUUACUGGUGGUCAGGUAUGAAGAAGGAUAUUGCAGAGUUUGUGAGUCGAUGCCUUACUUGCCAGCAAGUUAAGGCAGAGCAUCAGCACCCAGCAGGGCUCUUACAACCACUCACCAUCCCAGAGUGGAAGUGGGAACAUGUGACCAUGGACUUCGUGGUGGAGCUGCCACGAACAGUGAACAACUACGAUGCAGUAUGGGUAGUGGUUGAUAGGCUCACCAAGAGUGCACACUUUCUGCCUAUCAACAUUACUUAUCCCCUUGAAAGAUUGGCCAAGCUAUACACGGAGGAGAUUGUGAGAUUACAUGGAGUCCCAAUAUCCAUUGUCUCGGAUAGGGAUCCACGAUUCACAUCCCGAUUUUGGCCAAAGUUUCAAGCAUCGUUGGGUACUAAACUGAAGUUUAGCACAGCUUUUCACCCACAGACGGAUGGACAGUCCGAACGGGUGAUACAGAUUUUGGAAGACAUGCUUAGGGCAUGUGCGCUGGAGUUCCAAGGAAGUUGGGACAAGCAUUUGGCCCUAGUGGAGUUUGCUUAUAACAACAGUUAUCAAGCAAGUAUCGGCAUGCCCCCAUAUGAGGCAUUGUAUGGGAGGAAAUGCAGAACACCAUUGUGUUGGGACGAGGUUGGCGAGGCCAAACUCGAAGGGAUAGAGCUGGUUGAGAUCACCAAGGCCAAGGUGAGGAUCAUUCGGGACAGACUGAAGGCCGCUCAGGAUCGACAGAAGAGUUAUGCCGAUAAACGGCGGAGACCGUUAGAGUUCGAAGUUGGUGAUGAGGUCUUCCUAAGGAUUUCUCCUUGGAAGGGCAUCAUUCGAUUUGUAUCAAGGGGAAAGCUUAACCCCCGAUACAUCGGUCCCUUUGAAAUCCUUGAAAGGAUAGGGGCUGUGGCUUACCGUCUCAAGUUGACGCCUGAACUUGAGAAGAUACAUGACGUGUUUCAUGUAUCAAUGCUCAAGAAGUACAUACGAGACCCAUCUCAUAUUCUUGAGAAACCACCGGUAGAGAUCCGUGAGGACUUGCAAUAUGCGGUGGAACCAGUGAAGAUUGUUGGUCAACAAGUGAAGAAGCUUAGGAAUAAGGAGAUUCCUAUGGAAAAGGUUCUUUGGAGGAGUGAUCGAGUCGAAGAAGAAACUUGGGAGACCGAGGUCUCAAUGAGGGAGCAAUACCCAUUUCUUUUCGAUUAGAUACUUGGAUUUCGGGGACGAAAUCCCAAAUAAGGGGGGGUGAACUUGUAACACCGUCCCCAAAUAUAUUUACUUUUAUGUAAAUAAUGUAUUGAACCUUAUUAAAGAAUUAAUGAAUUUACGAAGUUGUAAAUUUUUAUUAUUUCUUUCGCGUGGAUAGUAAAUUGCACGUGGGACCCACACCGGGAGCGGGGGCCGCCCGACACUCCCGAGACCACAUAUUUUAUCCAUCUUAGUCAAGAUAAUAUUUAUAUAGUGGUGGAUAUUUAAUUUGGGUCGUGGAAAGGCGCAGAGUUGGCCGAUUGGGAAAAAAGAGGUCCAAUUACCGGUACCGACAAUUUAACAGGUAACAGCCCGGAAAUGAAUUUCGGAGGCUUAUAAAUUAAAGUUGGGGAAUGUAUAUUCAUUAUACAUGUCAUAAUGAGUAAGAGCACAUAAUAUAUUUUAUUUGACCCGAUAAAAUAAAAUAUGAUUAAAACAGUCCGAAAAAAUACAACUUUCGGGGCCGAUUGUACAUUUCGGGACAAGUUGGGAUGACCUCCCACAUGAGUGGGGGCCACCCCACGUUUUUGGGUCUCAAAUGGGACUUGUGUGGCCGCACAACAUGUGAAGAUGAAGCUAAAUUGAUUGGAAUGGGAUCAUUUGAGGUGUGGACCUCACCCACACACAUUAUUUGUCAAUUAAGACAAGGAAGGACACUUCCUACCUCUUUCCUCAUCCUUGUGCUCGACCAACCCCUCCAAGAAGAAGAAAAUUGAACUCUCAAAACACUCUCCAUUGCUGCAACUCGAGCUCAAGCCAUAGAGGUCCAAGGAGGAAGAUUUGAGAAGGAAAAAUCUAGGAAAAGUGUGAAUAAUAAAGGAACUUGUAAAGGGUAUUUCAAGUGGUUUCACAAAGUUGGAAAAGUCGCCGGAGUUGUCGCCGGAGUUGACCAAAAGUCACCGGAGUUUCACCGGAGUUCAACCAAGAGGGGUAGAACUUCAUACGCUAGUUCAAGGUUGAAGCUAGGGCUUGCUACUUGCACCUUCUCACGGGUGAUAUCAAAUCAGGAAGACGUGGUUCGUGCUUCCUUAUUUUCUUUCAAACUACCGAACACUUGCUCAUGGGUAUUUGUUUUACUAUAAACACUUUUUUGGGCUUGCAUGCCCAUGUUGUUGGCCGGUUGUGGCUCAUGACUUACCGUUGAAUAUUUCCGCUAUUCAUUGGUUUAAAUGUGAUGUUGUUAUGUAUGUUUACUACUGAGUAUGGAUGAAUUGUUUUCUCGAACGCCUUGUGUAAUUAAGUGAGGUUGACUCGUGGGUGACGUCACUUAGUUAUACGGCGGUUGUACACGCGCUUGGAUCGCGGUCUGGGGCGUGACAUUAGAACGCUGAAUAUUUCUCACCAACUCCGGUCACCGGCGACGGCGGUAUUCAUAGAGAUUUGAAAGUUGUUAUAGUGGAUCCAAACAUGGUAGUGGUUCCACAAGAGGUGUGGCGUUGAACAAGUAGAAUGGGAUCCGGCAGCGGCAACGGCAGCUGCGAUGUAGAUACAGGCGUUGAUGACUGACCAACGGCGGCGGCGCCUAACGGCGGCGGCAAGGGACGACUAGUGGCGGUGAUUGGCGGACUGGUUGUGACUGGCGGUGCAGGUCCUGCCCCUGGUGGUGCCGGCGUCAACUUAUGGUUGGGGUGGUCAUGAGGAGAAAAUAAGUUGUUGACUUUUGUAGUGCAUUAAUUAGCUUAGUUUUCAUUUAGGGCAUUCUUGUCUCUUACUAUUAAUUUCGGUAUGACAAACUACAUGUGAGAUAGGAGUCCUACUUUUGCAUAUUUGAUAUGUUUUACUCCUAAAUUGGGAAUUCUCUCUAAAUUUAAAAGGAAAAUUACAAUCAAUUGCCU